AUGAAUGGUGAUCUGAUGGUAGACCUCAUUGCAGACAACAUGGAGCUGCCGGGACAGAUCGAGACGCAGGCCAACACAGACACCAGUGAUGAUGAGUCUUAUCGAGCGACCGCUCCAGAGGUUCCGAUCAUCCACAAGCCCAGCAUGCCUUCCGCACCACCGGACAAUUUUAAGCGACAAGUUUCCGUUGACUCGAAGUAUUCAUCUCGAAACAUCCAUGAACACGUCGAUCCGGGUUCCAAGAAUUCUGCUCACGAGAUGCAGCGGACUUUGGAGAGUUUGCACUCUUUCAGGAUUGCUUUGGAGACGAAUCAAUUACAAUGCCUUCGUUUAUUCGACCAUGAGCUUGAGAAGCUAAAAAGAAAUCUGCCAGCAGAUGCCACUGCUCGGAUGAGCUACAAAGACCGACUGUUGAAGCCAGGAGGAGAUCGUUUGCGAAGAUCUGCAAGGAGCAAAUCAAGUGCCCAUAGCGAACCUGCCAAUAGGCACUCUGCAGCCUCGAAGUGCUCCAAAGAAACCGAAAAGAGCACCCAUGAAGGCACUCAGAGUCUGACUCAGCGCCUUCAGAGCUCAAUCUUUUCUACAAAUUUGACUUCAUCCCAACCUACAUCUCCACAGUCUCCACAGCCGCCUACAUCCCCGGCGUCGCCUGGGAUGUCUUUGCCAAAACGCCAACGGCGAAUGUCUUGGAUCACCAAGCAGGGCACUGGAUUUUUGGAUGCGAAAGCUUUAGAGGAACUCAAAACGCAGGAUGCGGGCUCUGAAUCCCAGGAAGAGGUUCAGCGAAAAAAGACUGCCAGAACAACAUACAGUAGCGAGGCCUCCGUCUGUUCGGAGAAGAGGGGGUCGAAGACAAAGUCAGAAGAAUUAAAAACUGGUGGUAUGUUCACGCAGCUCAAUCCGGACUUGGCCAAAGACGCAGUCAGGGACCGUGCAGCUGCGGAAUUCGGGAAGCCGCGGCUUGAAAUCAUGAAGACAGAGGGAAGGCUCUAUGCCAUUGCAACUCAUCCAUUUUUUGAGCGCAUCACGUUGGCAGUCAUUCUUCUAAAUGCUGGCUGGAUUGGUGUUGACAUUGAGCUGAACAAAGCUGAUAUGCUUUUCAAUGCAGAUCCUGUUUUCAUCGUCAUGGAGAAUUUUUUCUGCAUAUUCUUUCUGGCGGAGCUCAUUGUCAGGUUUGGUCUCUUCAAGAAGACCUCCUAUGUGAUCAAAGUCAUUUGGUUCCUAGCUGACUUCUUUCUUGUCUCAUUGAUGAUCUUGGAAACUUGGGUGGUUCCAGUGAUCGAUGCUUUCACCAACGGAAGUGGCAGCGGUAUGUCCUCCGGUGCAUCCGUGUUACGUGUGGCUCGCGUCAUGCGAGUGCUGCGAACCGCGCGGAUGGCGCGCCUGGUGCGGUUAAUGCCGGAGCUGAUGAUUCUCAUCAAAGGAAUGAUGGUGGCAUUCCGCUCGGUGUUCUUUACAUUGCUGUUGCUCCUGCUGAUUACUUAUGUCUUCGCGGUGGCGUUUGUCCAAUUUGCCAGGGACACAAAUUUGGAAAGAGGCACUUUUGGCACUAUGGGUGAAGCGGUCACCACGCUGAUCUUGAAAUGUAUCCUGACGGAUCAGGAGGAUUUGAUCCGCUCCGUUACUGAGGAAAGUUUCUUGAUGAGCUUCUUGUUGUUGACCUUCAUUUUCUUCGGAUCUUUGACGGUGAUGAAUAUGCUUUUGGGUGUGCUAGUGGAGGCCAUCAAGACAGUUUCAACCAUUGAGAGGGAGCAGCUGGAAGUGGACUUUGCCAAGCGAGUUCUGUGGGAUCUCAUCAGCAGAGGAGAGGCUGACACAGAUGGCGACAAUUGCAUAUCUGAAGAGGAGUACAUGGCUGUCCUCCAGAAGCCAGAGGCCAUGACGGCUUUGACCAGCCUUGGUGUAGACGUAGAUGCUGCCCUGGACUAUGGUAAGUUGCUUUUUGAAGAUGGUGAACCUCUCACUUUUGGCGACUUUAUGAAGGGAAUAUUGACUUUGCGUGGUUCGAAUCAGACAACUGUCAAGGACAUUGUAGACCUUCGGAAGUUCACCGCGGAUGAGUUCAGUCACCUGCAAGAGGUGUUAGAGGUUGUAAAUCAGCAGCUGGCCCUCAAUCGGCCGCAUGAUGCAGGAGCUGAGCAUUCUCGGAGGGCUUCCUUUUCCUCUUCAAGGUGCGCCAAAGCUGGUGAGUGGAGCAGCAAGAGCAGAUAA